GGGCGGACGGGCCAGAGCGAGCUGGGGAAGACGGAGCGGACGCUGCGGCGCGCGGGCGGACGGCGGGGGGGACGCGGGAGGAUGGAGCAAGUGGAGAUCCUGCGGAGGUUCAUCCAGAGGGUACAGGCCAUGAAGAGUCCGGACCACAACGGGGAGGACAACUUCGCCCGGGACUUCAUGCGAUUAAGAAGAUUGUCAACCAAAUAUAGAACAGAAAAGAUUUACCCCACAGCCACUGGAGAAAAAGAAGAGAAUGUUAAAAAGAACAGAUAUAAGGACAUACUGCCAUUUGACCAUAGCCGAGUUAAAUUGACUUUGAAGACUCCAUCUCAAGACUCAGACUAUAUCAAUGCAAAUUUUAUUAAGGGCGUCUAUGGGCCAAAAGCUUAUGUGGCAACCCAAGGUCCUUUAGCGAACACGGUCAUAGACUUCUGGAGGAUGAUAUGGGAGUACAGCGUUGUGAUCAUCGUAAUGGCCUGUCGAGAAUUUGAGAUGGGAAGGAAAAAGUGUGAGCGCUAUUGGCCUUUGUAUGGAGAAGAUCCUAUAACAUUUGCACCAUUUAGAAUUUCUUGUGAAAAUGAGCAAGCAAGAACAGACUACUUCAUUCGAACACUUCUACUUGAGUUUCAAAAUGAAUCUCGUCGGCUUUAUCAGUUUCAUUAUGUGAACUGGCCAGACCAUGAUGUUCCUUCAUCGUUUGAUUCUAUUCUGGACAUGAUAAGUUUAAUGAGGAAAUACCAAGAACAUGAAGAUGUGCCUAUUUGUAUUCAUUGCAGUGCAGGCUGUGGAAGAACAGGUGCUAUCUGUGCCAUAGAUUAUACGUGGAACUUACUAAAAGCUGGGAAAAUUCCAGAGGAAUUUAAUGUAUUUAAUUUAAUACAAGAAAUGAGAACACAAAGGCACUCUGCAGUACAAACAAAGGAGCAAUAUGAGCUUGUUCAUAGAGCUAUUGCCCAACUGUUUGAAAAACAGCUGCAACUGUAUGAAAUUCAUGGAGCACAGAAAAUUGCUGAUAGUCAUGAAAUUACCACUGGAAAUAUGGUCAGCUCCAUUGAUAGUGAAAAACAAGAUUCUCCUCCUCCAAAGCCACCAAGGACUAGGAGUUGCCUUGUAGAAGGGGAUGCCAAGGAAGAAAUCCUACAGCCACCAGAGCCUCACCCGGUGCCUCCCAUCUUGACACCUUCCCCCCCUUCAGCCUUUCCAACCGUUACUACUGUAUGGCAGGACAGUGACAGGUACCACCCAAAGCCAGUGUUGCACAUGGUCUCAUCAGAACAACAUUCAACAGACCUCAACAGAAAUUAUAAUAAAUCCUCAGAUGUUACAGGGAAUGAAUCAACUGUUGAACACAUAGAUAAAAAAUUAGAGCGAAAUUUAAGUUCUGAGAUUAAGAUCCCCCUUCAAGAGGGACCCAAAAGUUUUGAUGGGAACACACUCUUGAAUAGAGCACAUGCCAUUAAAAUUAAAUCUGCUUCAUUGUCUGUGGUUGACAAAACCUCCAGGCCACAGGAGUUAAAUUCAGGUGAUGUAAAAGUUGAUGAUGUUUCUCAGAAUUCUUGUGUGGACUGCAGUACAGAACAUUCAGACAGAGCUCCAGAUUCUUCAGAAGAAUCUCCAAACUCACACACACUGCCACGGCCAGACCACUUGCCUCUUGAUAAGAAAGGACAUGUAACAUGGUCAUUUCAUGGACCUGGAAAUGCCACCCCUGUGUCUGACUCCUCUGAAGGCAAAUCACCAGAUAACCAUUCUUCUCAGCCUGGAAAAACUGUGAGUUCAACAGCAAGCUCUACAACAGAAGUGGAGGUCCAUGAGCUUGUGGAUCCCUGUAACAGCUCCCCUGUGUUGGGAGCAACACUCAGCCUUACCAACCCUCUUCACUCUGAUGGUUCAGACUCAGAUGAAAGGGACUCGGAUGGUGCUGUGGCCAAGAGCAAAACUAGCAUUUCAACAGCAAGUGCCACCGUUUCUGCCGCCAGGAGUGCCGAAAGUACUCCCACUAGGAAAGUGUCACCGAUGUCCAUUGCCAGACAGGAUGUGGCAGGAAUGCUACGUUCAGGUGCUGAAAAGAUGUUGAUGUUAGUGAAGAGUUACCUCCUCCCUUACCUGAACGAACUCCUGAAUCUUCGUAUUAGCAA